AUGCUUUCCCACCUGCGCUUUCAUCGAAGAGGCACCUCGAAUCCGACCUCGCCCAUCUCCGACCAACAACAUUCGCUUUCCCCUCUCAGCAACGCCGAGUCGCCGCUAGCCCUCGUCUCUGCGUCCCCCUUGGAUGGGAUGCCUGCCUUGGCAAGCUCUUCUUCCGCACCAACGCUGCCGCCCAUCACCAGAGUUACUUCUUCUGACCUCGACUCACGACACGAACGGGACGAACGACAGAAUGGCCCAGGCGGGCUGCCAGAAAAUCGCCCGCGUCAGUCACCGCGCUCGUUCCAUAGUGGGGGUGUAGGCGGCUUCAUCGGCGGAAAGGCCCUGCAAAACUAUCGCAGAGAUGUUGAGGCGCAGCAAAAGGCCUCACGGACUGAUCCUAGCGAUAGGACGGCCGGUGGAAAUAGCCUUGUUCGUCCCGAGGACCCUUCAGCACGUAUUCGUCCCAGUCAUUUCGAGCCAACCAUACAUGUCGCCCGAAGUAGCCAGUUCAUGCAGGUCGCAUCCUUCAGUACGCCAACGGAGUUGCAAGCAUCUAAUGCACCCAAUCUCGGGCGACGCCCUGCCGGGUCCAAACUCCCGCAAGAAGCGUCCUCUUCGCUGUCUAAUCCGCCGAGUUCUGCGGCAGCAGAACCUCAAAAAGGAAAGAAGGGCCUCCCUUUUUUGAGGAAUCCCAUGUCAACACUUUUGAUGAGACGGAGAAAUAACCAGAAUGCUCCGGAUCUGCGGCCUCUGCCACUGAGUACCAAAGAUGAGGAACCAUCAUAUGAUCCGCGUAUUAGAGGAACACGAGUACACGAUUUCAGUGCGCCCAGAAAGCCGAGGGAUGUUUACCGUGGAAAUCCGGCAUCGUCCCGUUCUGUCUCGGACAUACGUCUCGCAUCUGCUACGGAGAAUCGGCCUACUGCAUUAAAAGUCCCUGGAGAGCCUUCAAUACAGGCCCGCAGAAGCGCACCACAAGCGGCCAAGACGUCCUCAAGAAGUGAGUCUUCUAUCGAUGCCAAUAAUUUAUCAACGGGGCAAUCACAAUCGAGGACGACUGUCGCCGACGAGCCGACAGCCCCUGCUGCCGAUGAAGCACCUGUGGUAACCUCGCAAGAACUAUACAUUGAUGGCCACGCUGCGUUGCCUACAUCUACUUCCGAGGCUGGUGGUGUACUUGAAGGAGCAGAGAUGAUUCCGAAGGCGUCUUCAUCUACACGCACAACGCGUUCGAGGAAUAUCUCCCUCUCUGAGAUGUCAAUGUCUGCGGUUCCCAGGCAUAUGAAGAGCACGUCAUCUAGAUUCAGUUUCGAUAUGAUUGGGGCAGCGAAGCAAGAGAAGUUGCUGGAAGAAAGGCACCGGCAACGAGAGCUUGAGCGUAGAACGAACGGUAAUGACGGCUUCCGAGAUUCGAGGUCCGAUGAUUUUGACGAGGAUGCAUUUGAUUAUGACGCAAUGAUGGACGAUGACGGUUUUGAGGAGAGAAUACCUGGCGUAAAUGCCGAUUUUGACGAACAAGUCCCUGAUUUGCACGAUUUAGACGUCCAACUAGAUCCAGACAACGACCAGGAGAAUUUCGCAGGCUUUGAUUUCCAACGCUCUAAUCCUACGUCCUCACUCGCCAGUCCACACAGCGGUGGUAUGUUGAUGACGCCUCGGGACGCUGAUGGCAAUGUCAUUGGGUUUGCCAUGACCAAAGAUACCCCUGGCAGCUCUACACACCCCUUGUCGUCUCCAUUGCCUGCCUCGAUCGCGGAUGCUCUCUCUGAGCACAGACUAUCCGGAUUGGGCAUUCAAGAUGCCUCCACGCCUUUGGCAAGUGACAACGACCAGAAUACCAAGGAAGACGAUUUAUAUUUUGACGAUGGCAUAAUUGCGUUUGAGAACGAAUUUGCAGAGGAUCUCGCAGCAUUGCCCGAUGUCUCCGAUGAACCAUUUGACGAGUCCAUCUUCGAUAAUAAUGAUACUGACCAGUUUGGCAGGCCUGUUCCUGGUGCUUUUCAACAGGCCCAGUCACUACGUCGCGCUGGUCAACAGAGCUCUACGAAACGAGAGUCGGUCAUGACGUCCCGUCUCUCAGCCCAUUCUGCCGUCUCUUGCUCGACUGCGCAUACGUCACUGAGCGUUGACGGGCAGGCAGAGCAAGAGACGGGUGACUCUCAUGCGAAGAAACCUGAUACGGAAAGUGAAAGUAAAGCUUCUCAAGCUGCAAGUGACAGUGCCAAGUCUGUGGCCGCCUAUCAAGCGGCCUUGGCUGCUGCUGCCCACAGAGCAGCUGCGUCUGGCAAAUUCCUGAGAAGCUCAUCGCCUGCCUCCAUCCCAGUUCUAGGGGACGAUGAAAGUACUUCAGAAAUACCCCAAGAUGAUAUUCAUGGCGGUUAUGACGAUGAAGAGGAUGACUUGGAUUUUGACGAUGACGCCAUUAUCGCGGAGGCGAAUGCCAGUGCUUUGGCAAAUGACUCCGACGGUUGGUACGGCCAAGAGUUUGGAUUCUAUUCUGCGCCUCCUGGCUUUCAUAUUACUGCUCACAACGGCAGAUCUUCUGCUCACCUCAAGGAGUAUGAGUACGCCAAUGGAGGCUUCUUUGGACCGGACGGCAUAGGCGCAGUGAAACGGAGCACCAGUGGGAGGAUGAUAUCCCGAGAGCCAAACCUUACUCCCAUUACGGAGAGAUCCGAAUACUCCAACCGGAAUUCAUUUAUGAGCUUGGGCUAUGCUCCCCUCAGUACUUCCACGCCCAUCGUUCAAAGUCCUGGGUUGGCACAAUUGGCCAUGAUGGCAGACUGUGGAGACGAUCAGAUGACACUUUCAGCGCUUCUUCGUCUACGAUCCAGGGCGUGGGGCGGCUCUCAAGCCAGUCUGGCCUCUAGCAGAGAGGACUCUCCAAGGUCGGACCGAGGAGAUCUUUCCAGUUCACCGUGGAUGUCGACUUCUUGUGGCCAAGCUAGCCAGGUAAACCACGCACACGCCGGGAUGCCUUCUACAUUUUCAACUGCAGGCUACGAUUCUGAUGCAGCGAGCGCCUCAGGAAGUCCUACAAUGACCAUGGCCAACGUCAAUUCUGGUCACCUGCCACGAGCUGCAAUACCCGAAGAAGAUGCCAACGAGAUUCUCGUAAGCGGCCAUCCAAUACAUGAAGCUCUGACAGGUCAGAGAAGUCGCAUCGACGUCAACAACCAAGCGGGUGAAUACAUCAUGAACAAGUUUACCCAGUCCCCGGUGAAGGGCCACCGCCAUAAAGGAUCAGCAGACAGCAUAUCCUAUGUGAAAGAAGAAGACAGCGGCGAAACACACUGGGUGCUAGAACGUCGACGCACCGGCGAGACUGGUGAGGUGGAAGUGCUAGAACGAGAAGUCAUCGAGGGGAGACAGAUUUGA